CCAUGCUUAGGCUUGAAGAAGCAAACACAGAGCCUCUUCUUCUUCUCUCUUUUCCAAGCUGCUAAAAAUCACGAUGGCAGGACCUUCACUCGAGAGCAGCACCACCAUAAAAUUCUUAUACAGUUACGGCGGCAAGAUCCUCCCUCGUUAUCCCGACGGAAAGCUUCGGUAUCACGGUGGUCAAACUCGUGUACUCGCCGUUGACCGCUCCCUCUCUUUCACCGAAUUACUGGCGAAAUUUGGCGAAUUGUGUGGGAGCUCUGUGAGUUUACGGUGUCAAUUGCCGACGGAGGAUUUAGAUGCGCUUGUAUCCAUCACCUCCGAUGAAGAUCUCGUUAAUCUCAUUGAAGAAUACGAUCGGCAACAAUCAAAAUCUCUCAAAAUCAGAGCUUUUCUCUCACUUCCACGGAGGCUAUCUCCGACUCCUUCCACCGCCUCCUCCGCUGUUGGAUCGUCUUCCUCAACCAGUACUGCCACGCAUGAGGCAGGAUCACCGAAAUCUCCUCUUUCCUCCACCUCUUACUCCGUCGCGAGAUUUCCAGUCACCGCCGCAAAUCGCUGCGUCUAUCCUCUUUCAAAACCACAGGUUAAGCUUCCAUUCCGCUACAACAACUCUGCCGGAAAGCUACCGUAUCAGGCGUACGGAAGUUCUAGCCGAUAUUACCUGGUUCACAAUGGCAACCAUUGGCAAUAACAGCUCUAGUUCUGGCAAUCUGGCAUGGAAGAAUAUCAAAUCAAACGAGUAAACAACCGAUAAUAUAAUUUAAAUUAAAUUCAUCGAAAAUAAACAAAUCGAGAGAAGUGAUAUGCAAUGUAUGAUUGGAUUGGAUUGGACUUUGAAUCAUAUAAGAUUUAAAUCGGUGUUUUUACAAA